AUAGUAACAUCGUCAUCCAUUGAAAGACGGACAAUUUUAUCGCUGUUUUCUUAAAAGAAAAAGAAAGUGGUGGCUCGAGAACGAAUCGCAGGGGAUAUUUUAGUGCAAGUUUUGAAGUUGGUUCGGAGACAGGCGACGGGAAUGAACAAGAACGAAAACGUCGCCAAUGGCAAUCUCGCAAGUAGAGAGUAAUUAAAAAUCUUCGUCAAUUGACAACGAAGCCUACGGACACUUGAAAGUAAUUAAAAAAAAAGAAACAUCACCGUCGACAGGAUCGAAAUAUGUCGUCGUUACGAAUCGCCAUGUUUCUGUUCGUCGUUCUGAUGGUGUUGAUAGACUGCUCAACGGCCAUCCCGGCAGCUGACAAGGAACGAUUGUUGAACGAGGUAGACUUGGUGGACGACGAUGGAAGCAUCGAGACCGCUCUGAUCAAUUACCUGUUCACGAAACAAAUCGUGAAACGGCUUCGAAAUCAGCUGGACAUCGGUGACCUUCAACGCAAACGAAGUUAUUGGAAACAGUGCGCCUUCAACGCCGUCUCCUGCUUUGGCAAAUAGAACGUCGAGUUGCUCCUCGAUCAUCUUUCUCUCUCUCACUCUUUCCUUCCUUUGUCUCUCCCUUUGUCCAGUGGCUAAGCUUUUAAAUAGACGACGAGUAUAGCUCGACGGCACAAAUUCAGAUCCCCAGUGUUGUCAAAUUUGCAUCCGCGAGUUUAUGAAUCUUUGGUAACUCUUUGAUCGUAUUUCAAAAUGUACGUGUCCUUUCGGAGAUUGGAAUCGUUUUCGAUUUGAAAAUGUCGCGGAUGUAAAUUUAGCAAUGAUCCAUUUCCCCGCAAUACGCUGUAUUAUAUUAACAUCGAUAUUAAGGAAAGGAAAUAGUAGAUUGUAGUACGAUGUAUCGUAAUUAUACCUGCGUUAAGAUUAUAGAGUUUUCUUUCCUCGAGUGAGACUUUGCGAAGCACAAUAAUUUCAUCUUCUUGUCAAUUAUACUUUACGUAUUUUAAUUAACGAAGGACGUUGUUUAAUAAAGGAUCCAUUUUUUCCGUUCUGUA